AAAAAAAAGCUCGGUAUCUUGAGCAGAGCUGUAGUGCACAUGCGCAGUAGGGCCGUUUCCAUAGCGCCGCUCCGACCUGCUGAGUUGAUUCUUCAACUUCUGAUUCACGUCCUUCGGUGACAAAUCAAAGGACGUCGGAGCAUUUUAAUCGUCUUUACGGGUGUUUUUUAAGCGCUUUUGUCCGCGCGAUGUGUUUUGCAUAUUCCAGCACGUGCUCUACUGAUAAACUAAUCAUUUGGUAUCAAGCGAUGGUUCUCCGUCUGUAAUUGAACAGGAGCAUAUUGUUUUAAGCUGAUGGUCGCUUUCUUUCAACGGCAAAAAUGAACUGCUUCAGCCAAAAGCUGAGACGCACAUCUCCCGUGCGUGGCAGCAGUAGAAACGAGCUGGUCCCCUCGAAGCCUCCCAGGAUGAACGGAUGGUCAUGGCCCCCUCAGGCUUUCCAAGUGGUUGGCUGGCUGGUGUUUGGCUACCUCACCAUAGUCAGCUUUGGCAUCUAUAUCCCUCUUCUGCCUCUGCCGUGGAACCAUGUGCUCUAUGCUCUGACUGGCAUAGCAUUUAUCGUACACUUUUUGGCCCAUAUUGCUGCUGCGACAAUAGACCCGGCGGAUGUCAAUGUGAGGGCCAAGCGGAGCUAUUCCAGUCCAAUGGCGCUUUUUGACAGGACUAAGCAACCGCAUGUCAUCCAGGACCUACACUGUUAUCUAUGUGAUGUCAAGGUUGGGCCCAAAGCAAAACACUGUGGCGUUUGCAACAAGUGCGUGGAGGACUUUGAUCACCAUUGCAAAUGGCUGAACACCUGUGUGGGUGGCAGAAACUACCGGUGCUUCUUUGUGGCACUGUCCUCUGCUAUGCUCGGCGUCUUCCUGCUCGUUAUUGUGAUUUUCUUCAUAUUUAUUCAGCAUUACCUGGAUCCAAACAGCCUGCGGACCGCCCCACAGUAUGACAGUAUGCUGGGGAAUGGUACCUGGCUGGUGUUUUUACCCUUAGCACCCAUAAAGACUAGUUCGGCUGGUCUCCUUAUAUUAGCGUUCACAACAGCCAUGCUGAGCAUCGCCUGCAUGCUGCUACUCGGUCAUCUGCUGGGCUUCCACUUCUUCCUCUUUUAUAAAGGCAUAAGCACAUACGAUUAUGUGAAGAGGCAGCGCCAAAAAGAAGCCAGAAACAUCGAAGCAGGAAAUCCACAAGAUGCGAAAAUCAAUAGCAAGGCCCCACAGAUUGAAGAGAGCUCAAUCGACUGUGAGCCAGCAUUAUCACAUAGUUCAGGUACCUGCAACUUUGACGAUAAAGGCCCGCUCACAAGCCAACUUUCAGAGUCUAUAUGCACUGAGGUGGAGAACUUUAGGAAAUCAGCAGAUAAAGAGAAUAGCUAUGGCACAGAAAAUCCCACAAAGACCACAGCAAGGGAAUUGUCUGUGAGCGACAACAAAAGCUGGAGGCCCGACACUAAAGAGGCUCAGAGUGCGAGUGAGAAGUCUGUUCAUCGUGUUCCUGGAAUGCAGGACCCUCUGGGAAGCUCAGUUAUGACUCCACAUGAUACUUGGCAGUAACAAAUGUGGUGCAUCAGGAUAUGCUGCUCUGAGAAAUUAGGAAUUUAUUAAGGACAGAGGACGCAUUGGACUUGAAACCACAGUUUGAACAUGGAACAGUUAUUUCAUCCAGAGGACAUUUUGUAUGCAGUCUGAAUAGCUGUGGACCCGUCAUGUUUUUAAAAAAGCCGACACUGUUUUUUUAUAACGGUUGAAUUAUUUAAAGCAUUGUUUUAUCUCACUUAUGUGUAUAGAGAGUCAAAGUCCAGCCCCACUUUCAUGUUAGCCUUUGUUCCACUAGCCUGAUUCAGAUAGCUGGAUGUACCAAUCUUCCUGAAAGGCUGGAACAUGAUACUGGAUGUUACAAUUCGUAUUGUGAGCCAAAUGGGUAUCAAAUAAUGUAGAUAGUAACUUUUAGCAUCUUGUCAUUUUAUCCGAUGGCCAAAGAGAGAGCCUUAUAUAGCCAAAUAUAUUGUCAUUUGUGAGCCACCAUAUUGUUUUAUAAAUGUACGUAUCUAUUUUAUUCAAGAAUUUGAAGAAGGGACAGUAGCAGGUAAAUCAAAUGUUGUCUAAUAGUGUUGUAGUUUUUGUCCAUUUGUAAGCUGUCACAUAUUGUUACCACUAGAGGGCUGUGUUACAACCUGCACUUGAUGUUCAGGGGAACACAAGGAGUAACCUUUGAGGAAAGCAAAAGAUGGGGCCGACACAGAAAGUAAAAGGCUACAUACUUUAUUAACAAAUGAAGAGAGCAACAAACAGAAGUAAAAAAGCUGUCGGGUCUCAAAGAGCAAAACAACAAACAAAAGAAAGCAAACUAGCUAGAAAACAAAAACUCAAUGAUUCUACUGAAAACAAAACGACUACUAAACUCCCAUACUACCCAUUAACCAGGAAAAAAACUAGUGCCAAAGAAAUGGCAGAGAACCCCUACAAGGCUUCUUUAAACAAAGUCACCAAAACUUUUAAAAACAAAGUAUCAGGAUUUUAGCAGAGCUGUGUCAAGAUGCAAUCAGUUAAACUCCAAAAGGGGACAAGACCUCUGACUCUGGGAUUAGAUAUGCAGAUUCACUGAUUGUUGAACAAGAUGCAGGUGUGAACAGGCACUGAGAAAGGGGCUCGGCAGACCUGAAACACAAAGAGAGAGCUCUCUCCCAACAAGAGCCCAGAAAAGAAUCUGUGGACACAACAGGCUGGUUUUUAAAAUGAUAGGGUUUGAGUUUGAGUGGAAAUGAAAGCAUUUUGUUUUAAUCUAUAUCGUUUCAGAGUGGGCUGCCUGUGAUGUGACCGAUAUAGGAGAGAAUAUUGUUUAAUAUAAUUUAUUAUAUGGCUUUAAUAAAAUAUUGCUCUUCAAAUUGUGA